AUGGCUGUGCUUUUUCGACAUAUAUCAGAGCAGUCCCGCCUGCUCCAAAGGACCUCCUCAUCGAAGAUGUUAUUCGUCAGGGAGUUCACCGCAGCCAUCAUGACGUCUAGCGAGAGCACGAAGAAAGCUAUUGGCGGGUUCAACUUAAUAGCUAUCGGCGCAGCACUCAUUUUCCAUGCGUUGGUUGCGGUGCCAUACUGUUUUAAAUCAUCUAGAAACAACAAGAGCGAGAACAGAUCCUCGUUCAGAGCCGGGCAAGCAAUACGACGCACCUCAGUGUGGCUGGCAAUCUGGUUUCUAGAGCUAUGCGUAGGCUCAUUAUAUCACGCACGCGUAUCCGAUCGAUUUCACUCGUACAUCGGAGAUACUAGGAGAUGCAUCGAAGCUUUUACCGGUCUUUAUGCUACGCUUGCUUUCACUUCUGCUCUCUUGGCACAGUUCGAACUCUCUCUUGAAACCCAACAUCCACAAAAGGAAAGCAGAGACGACGUGAAAACCGGCUCCAUGAACCAGCCAGCAAGGUACUACGAAAUAUUCACUCGGACUGUCGAGAUAGUGGCCGUCUUACGCUUUUUGAUGUCUAUCGGUACUCUAGGCGGAAAAUAUCAUCAAAGUGUGUACAAUAUCAGCGUUCUUCUAGACAUGUGUAUAUCUACACUUUUUCUCCUUGCCGCUUCUACAUCAUUCAUCUAUUUUGCCAAGGACCGCCCGGCUUUUCAACAAUCUCCGCAUAUAUCCCCAAUGAUUCCUCAUGCGCUUUCUGUUCUCCGACAUCUUGUCGAUGUCAUUGCAAUAGUGGAAACGAGGUAUCAAGAAUUGAAGUCCAGCGAAGCUCGAAAUGGGGUUUAUUGGGAAGCCUGUAGAGUUAUUUGUGUGGGAUGGUCGAUGAUUGCCUGCCUUCUGAUCAUCUACGCUAUUCAGGCCAAAAGGUCUGAUGGCACCGGAAGGCGUUCCUUUCCAAGUCUUCCUCUAAAAUCCUAG